GCAUGUACGCAAGUGCAACAAAGAGACAGCAUAACUACAUUGAAGCUUUGAUGUGUCGGCUCAGUAGCGUUCAUAGCCCCUGCGUUUCUCUCCCAAAAGUUGCCCGGAGCAUGCGAAUAUCGACAAAUGCACAUAAAUAAAUAAAUUGCGAAUAUUUCUUGCCAUUCAUUUCGGAAUAAUUCUUCUGUAAAUAGUUAGAAUCAUCAGGAUGCCCAGCAAGAAGAAAAAAUAUAAUGCGCGAUUUCCAGCGGGACGCAUCAAGAAAAUUAUGCAGACAGACGAGGAAGUGGGAAAAGUAGCCCAAGCCGUACCGAUCAUAAUCUCUCGGACAUUAGAGCUGUUUGUCCACUCAUUGCUGACCAAAACUAUGCAGAUAACGAAUGCUAAAAAUGCAAAAACACUCAGUCCAUCCCACAUGAAGCAGUGUAUCCUGUCUGAGAGCCGAUUUGACUUUCUGAAGGACCUAGUGAAAUGUUUGCCAGAUGUGUCUGGGGUCGAUGAUGAAGUACCCACGCCUCCUCUCACCCCAGCGCCUAUAGGAAUUAAUCCAGUAAUUGGGACUGUCAUCCUUCCUCGUCCACAACCUGAUGCUAGGAUUCUAAAAGAUACAAGUAGAAAGCCUCACCUAAACCAAGUCAACAAUAACAAAGACUGCAUAGAACCAGUGAGUCACAACGUAGAAAAAUUAAAAUUCGUGGAGGCUGCAGACCAAUCAUCGACACGUAUUCCAAACUUUCAUAUAUCAAUACCAUCAUCGUUCCAACCUGGACAGCCUAAUUUCUACACAGAAUUGAAUCAAAAUAACGUGAAUGCUGUAACGAUCACUCAACCAACAUCAAACUUUGGUCACACUGCCAACAUUGAUGAAGACUAUGACACAUAAUUUAUUGAAGGAAAAUAAUAUUAGUUAUAAGAAUGCACCGCGACCUUUUUUUUCUUUUUUUUUCUUUCUUAUUUAUAUGAGCAAGUUUGAAGUCAUUAGAUGAUCUUGUACAGUAGGAAUUCUUCAUCAGUGCAUCGUUGUGAACUCAUUUUUUUUACCUUUUUCAGUUAAAAUUAUCUGCAAAAUUAAAUAACUGGCAAAUAAUGAAAGUUUAACUUUUUUCUUUAUCAAUAUUUUGUUUAUUCAUUACAAAAAAAAUGUCAUACUAGUACAUAAUUUAUUAUAUAUAGGCCUUGCUGCACCAAGUCCAGUUGUCAAAAUACUCGGUCAAGUAUUGGAAUAAAUAAAAAUAUUAUGUUGAUCAGUUUUGAUCGAAAGUUCAUGGAAGGUAUUUUACACGAAAUGGGAAAGAGUCGAUAUAAUGGCACGCCACACGUAGACUCAAUAUUUGCUAAAAAUAUAACUAAUGAUGAUAGAUAUAGCAGGUAUUGACGAAUAGCUGAAAAUGAAAUCACUGGGUAAUUCUGCUAUUGUCAAACCGUUGAAUAAAUUUACUCCGGACGUGAAUUUUCUCGGUAGAUUUAUUCGGCUAACAGGGCUUGGUGCAACCGGUCUUUCUAUUAAAUACGCCAAAGGGCUAUGCUUAAUUUUUCCACAUGAAAUAGAUGGAGAAAAACAUAAACAUUACUGUACAGAGUAUUGGAAUAAACCAUUAGUGGUUUCUUUUU